AUGAGCAGCCCCAAGGAUGGUGCCGAGGACUCCUCGAGCAAGAGCAGCUCGUUCGAUGCGACGAAGGCCUUCUGGGAUGAGUGGGACUGCCUAAACUCCAUCGACAAGCCUUCCAAAGUCGAUGGACCUCCCAAAGUAUCACUAGACUUUGAUGAGUUUUGGUUUGGGUUUGUAGUUCAAAAGCGCGCCGACAUCUGGGACGCAUACUCGUGGUGCCGAGACGAAACAAGAAAGAGCAAGAAACCGGUCGUGACGUCAAUGAGAGGCUUGUUGGAUGUCUUCGAGGAAUCAAAGAGCAGAUUUUUACAGGGCUUAGAGGAACAUACUGAAGAAGAAGCAAGAAAACUCAUAUUCCAUUUGACGACGUGUCAUUUCGACCAAUUUCCAGAUUAUGGAGCAGCUUGCGCAAAAUACUCGAACCUCCUACCUUCCACAUCACACGAUCCUGUUCGAAUCGAUGAGCUGCCCAUGCUUCAGGAGCCAAGUCUUCUUUUCUGCACAUCUCGCGGUCCAGGCGUCUGCAAAAGACUUCUACAUAUCCACAAGUCACCUAAAAGGCCCCUCGCCAAGAGAGCUGAGGAUGCACUCUAUAUCGAUAGCCACUGCGAGUCACACAAGCAGAAGGAGAAAGAAGUGUUCAGAAGAGACGUCGAUCCCGCUUUCACUCGUCUGCUUCAAGAUCUGCCGCGGGAGCUUUUUGACAUGAUAAGAUCGGAAUUUGUCCGUCAAGAGUUUGGUCCACAACGCCUGGAGUUGUCCGAAAGGAAUUUGGAGAUCUCCCAGCAUCUUGAGGUGGAUCGGUCGGCUCACAACAUAUUCCAAGCACAUCCCCACCGUACCGAAUGGGUCAUCGGGUCAGUCAGACCAGACUCAAGUAUUCACAAUGAGGUGCCGGACUGGAACCGCAGAUGUGAGUUGCUGCUCCCUUUCAUUGACCGAGACGACGCUAUUCAUCUAGAGCUGGGACUGAACUUCUUCUGCUCUCAUUGUCUCCAAUACCUCGAAGAUUUCCCCCAACCUCUUAGGGCUUCACGUGAGUACAACAACAACGUUCUUGCGCAAAUCCAGCUAUCGAGAACUUUACAAAUUCAAGCAAAAGUAUACAUGUUCGAGGUGUGGGCAAAAUGCCUCAAAAUGAUCCGGGGCUAUAAUAAUAGGAUCAGACUCCUUACUUUGCAUUUGGCAUCGACGUACGGUACUGAGGGGGAAUGGAUGGGCAACGAUCUACUGAAACGAUUUGUCUGGCAUAUCAAUCGUCUUCAGAUUUAUUCGCCAACGGAAGAUCUCGUAAACCAAACCUUUGAAGUCGUCGAGGCCAAUCUGGCUAGGAAUGAGGUCCAAAAUUUGGAUUGGGAUGAUGAAGCGAUAUUCGCAUAUGCACCGGGCACCGAGUGUGCACCGAGUUCACUUGGCACGAGAAUGAUGUCAAAGGAACUGCAUCUCUUCGACAACUCCCUCAAGCUCCUUAGACUCCUUGAUUACUCUGCAUCGUUGUCAUUGCGCUCAUCGCAAGUCCUUAUCAUGUCCUCUUUGAAAUACCUCGCACGCGCUGUGCCCUGCUCAACUCUGGCUAGACGGCCUCUGUCCACAAGCACCCGUUUCCUUGCUGCUCCGCAUUCAAACGAAAAUGCUCAAGAGUGGGAGCAGAGCCAAAAGUCAAAGCCAACGAACCCUCAUAUGACGAACACGACUUCUACAAUUGCCAAUGAGAUGCCUCAGGUGGGAGCCGACAAAGCACCACCUGAGCUCAUCAGCUCCGUUGACCCAAACUUCACCCCAAAAGACUCCAUUCCAGAGAAUACAGAACGUAUGACAGGCGGAACACAAACUGGCAGUCCUCAAGAAGGUGUAAAUUCAGAACUUGAUGUUGGAGAGAUGGAAGGAGCAAGCUUCAAAGUAGAGCCAAAGAGGAGGACGGGGGAAGACGCCAACACCAUGCGCGCGAGGUUGUUAUACCAGAGCCGAAAGAGGGGGACCCUCGAAAGUGACCUCCUCCUCUCCACCUUUGCCGACGCCAACCUGCCGCGCAUGACGCCUGCCCAAUUACGUCAGUACGACCUCUUUCUUGACGAAAAUGAUUGGGAUAUAUACUACUGGGCUACACAAGAGCCAUCGCCGACCAGUCGUGAGACAGCUGAGGGGGCUGGGCCUGAAAGUGCUACCCCUGCUGCUCAAGGCACUUCAACAGAUACAGACGCCUGGCGGAACGGAGCACCCCGCUCUGGCGAGUGGGCGCAGACUGUGGGGACUUUCAAGCCAGCAUACAGGCCUGUACCUCAGCGUUGGCAUAAUAGCGAAAUACUCUCUUUACUGAAGAAGCACGUCAUUGAUCGCAGUGCGGGUGGGGUACAUGAAGAGCCGGCGGCUGGCGUACAUGGGCGGGGACUUGAGCAAAGCGUCAAAGGCACAGGUGGAGGCGGACUUGGUCAAAUGCCAGCAAUUGAUUUGCGGUCGAGACAAAGACCCUCGUUCGCCAUCUCAUCCCCGGGCUCUGGUACUGCGCAGGCAGUGUUUACUGACCGCAAACGGUCAAUCGACAUGGCUGCCUUUGACUCCCAUCAGUUCUCCGACAAAGGUCAGAAAUUCUCACAAGAUGACGAUUAUCAGUUCUCUUUCUUUGAUCAGACUCUCAUUCAUGAUUCGCCAGAUCUCCUGUUCAACUGCAUUGACCUCGAGCACCAUGACGAUCACAAAUUCGACUUGGAUUUCAAUGAAGGGUCAACUACAGGAGAAAGCCUAUCGGUGGAGAGUAACGCUUCAAGCAAUCAACCUCCGCAGCUAUCACAACCUCAAGAGACCUCGUCUGUCUCCGAACGCGCAAGUGCACUUCGACCGCACCGAGUCUUACGGCGACCUCCGCAACUCACCUCAUCUAUAUCAGCGAGUGAACUCCUCAGCAUUGAGGGCAAGAGUCGAACCAAGAGCAAGGAAACAUUACCGCUUCAAAAGUCGGGCUGCCACACACUGUCGCGGAAGAGCAAGUCUAUCAUCUCGCAAACAAUUGAGCAGCACAGACCCAACAGAGUGUGCAAGACUGGAUCCAGUGAAAAGAUGCGACCAGCGCAAGACGCUCAUCAUGAUUGGACUCAUAAAUUCGAGCAGAUGAGCAUGCAGCAGCCUGAGGCUUUCCAAGCCGGCUUGAGCUCUCCAAUACCAGAGGACGCUUCCGCAGGGGCAGUCAACUCGCCUAUCUACUCUCCGUAUACACACGGGCUUCCGGAUGCGCAGCAUCACCAAAGCAACAACGAGCAAGUCUCACGACCAAGAUUUCAAGAGAGCCCAAGCAACAAUCGAAACUCGAGUCAUUCGAUGACUUUCUUUCCAAUGCUACCCCCGACGUCCUCGUCCGCAGGAAGCCCUAACAGAGACUUUGCAUCUCCCACUACAAAGCAGGACCCAUCGUCUCAAGGCCAAAUGCCGCAAGAAUGGGACCAGGCACAAUUCAUACAGCAAGACUCCACCAUCUCACCGACUCAGAUGCACGAUUGGAACAACACAGUCCAGCGAAAUGGCUCCUCCUACUUCACGAACGUCACCGCCCAAACCGACACCAUUCCCUCCCCCACUUCUCCAAAUUGGUGGAACCCCUUCCAUUCCAACUCGUCCCAGCCUUUCCCCCAAAAUGCCCUUGCCGGCGAUGUUCACUCACCAAAUCAAGACUACCCCAUAUCCCCCUUCACCACCUCUCCCGGCGUACAAUCCUGGCCACCCCCCGCUCCACCCACACCCUCCACCCCACCAACUACACCCACAGCCAAAGACGCUUCCACACCAAGCACACGUCCUGCACGCCGACGCCGCCCCAGCGCCCCUCCCCUGCGCCUCCCAAAGUCAGCCUCCUCGCUCCGCCAUCCUCAUCGCACCCGCUCGUCCGACCUCCGAAGCCCACGCUCGGCAUCGUCGAUCUCGCGCUCAAAAUCCAACGGCGGGCUCAAGACGCAUCGGUCGCAGCAAUCGAUCCCGCAUACCACGCCCAGCACGCCUGGGUCAGCUAUGCCGCCUCCGCCCUCAAACCCGCGUACCAACAGCGGUAAAAGUAGCGUGGCAGGGGUGGGUAGAGGCGGUGGUAGCUUCGAAUUCAAGAAUUUCACCCUCGCAGACGCGGGCGUGUUGGUAACGAGUGUCGCACCGUCGGGGAGUAGUAAGACGAAAGAUCGGAGGGAGAAAGAGGCGAGGGAGAAGGCGGAGAAGGAGAGGAAGAGGGGGGUGGAGUUGCAGAAACGGUAUAUGAGGGCUGUAAGAGAGGGGGACGAGAGGGAAGCGGAACGUGUGGGAGGGCUGAUGAGUGAGGGGGUGAUGUUGGGCGUGGGGGAGGGAGGAGGGGAGGAGGGAGAGACGGAGGAGAUGGGGCUGAUGGAACGAUAG